UCUGCGUUUUCGCUCAGUCGCUCUUGAGCUUUCGUGCCGCGAAGUUUUCGUUAGCACAGCGCUGUAGUUGCAGCUGCGACCGAAUAAUUGGCUUACAGCAGUUAAAAUUCGUAGUGAAAAGUGUACGCCACCCAAAAAAGGACUCACAAAAGAGCCUGCAAAGAAUUGAAGUGCAAUUAAUAAUAAAGAACUCUAUGAGGAAGAGGAGUAUCAAAGGAAAUCCACGCUAUUUUUGGAUUAAAGCCGAAGUUGGAGCUGAACUGCCAAUGAAAAGACUGAACUAAACUGAAGACAUCAACCAAGGACCAAAUCGAGGAAAUGUUUUAGGAGCAAGCAGCUGCAGCAUUGCGAUAAGGAAAAAGCGCCACUUACCCCAUCAUUAGCAUAAACAUCAGCCAGACGAAGUCGCAAUGUUUCUGCCCGUGAAAUCAAAUCAUUCUGGCGAGGCGAGUGGCAACAACGAGGAUGUCACCACCACCAGCAACAAUUCCACGCAAACGCCCAGCGACCUGAGCCCACCGGGACCCAACGAAGAGGUCCUUCCCCAGGCGCACCACCAGAAUCCAGGCCACUGCAUCGCCUCCUUUGCAGCCAUUAACCAGAUGCGGAACAAUGCACAGCUCUGCGAUGUUCGUCUGGAGGUGGGCGGCGACACCAUCAACGCCCAUCGAGUGGUCCUGGCCUCCGUCUCGCCCUAUUUCUAUGCGAUGUUCAAUGAUGACAUGCUGGAGCGCACUCAGGGAUUGGUCCGGCUGCACGACGUGGACAGCUCGGCGCUGCGGCAGCUGAUCGACUACACGUACACCGGCGAGAUCACGAUCACCGAGCAGAACGUGCAGGUGCUGCUGCCCGCCUCCGGACUGCUGCAGAUGCACUCGGUGCGGGAGGCGUGCUGCAAGUUCCUGCUGCGCCAGCUGCACCCCUCCAACUGCCUGGGCAUCCGGAGCUUCGCGGACGCGCACUCCUGCAAGGAGCUGCACACGCGUUCGCACAAGUACGCCCUCCAAAACUUCCAACAGGUGGUGGGCACCGAGGAGUUCCUGCUGCUGCCCUUCGAGGAGGUGCGCGAGCUGAUCUCGAACAGCCAGCUGAACAUCAGCUCCGAGGAGCGCGUCUUCGCCGCCGUCAUCAACUGGGUGCGGCACGACCUGCCCGCCCGCCGACUGCACAUUGCCGAGCUGAUGUCCAAUGUGCGGCUGCCGCUGGUCAGCCGGGACUUCCUCAUGAGCUGCGUGGAGACGGAGACCCUCAUGCGCGACGACUCCGAGUGCAAGGAGCUGCUGCUGGAGGCCAUGAAGUAUCACCUGCUGCCCGAGCAGCGCAGCGUGAUGGGCAGCCAGCGGACCCAGGAGCGGCGUCCGGAGGGCAUGAAGCCCUACGUCUUCGCCGUCGGCGGCGGCAGCCUCUUCGCCAUCCACAACGAGUGCGAGGUGUACAAUCCGCGCUCCAAUGCCUGGAGUCCCGUGGCUCCGAUGCUGUGGCGACGCUCCCGGUCCGGAGUGACCGCCCUGCACAAGCAGCUCUACGUGGUUGGGGGCUACGACGGGGUCAGCGAUCUGGCCACCGCCGAGAGCUACAAUCCGCUGACCAACAAGUGGAGCAACAUCACCCCGAUGGGCACGAAGCGCAGCUGCCUGGGCAUCUGCUCCUACGACGCGUUGAUCUACGUGUGCGGCGGCUACGACGGCGCCUCCUGCCUGAGCAGCAUGGAGCGCUACGACCCGCUCACCGGCAUCUGGAGCUCCUGUCCGGCGAUGAGCACGCGGCGGCGCUACUGCCGCCUGGCCGUGCUGGAGAACUGCAUCUACAGCCUGGGCGGGUUCGACUCCACCAACUACCAGUCGAGUGUGGAGCGGUUUGACCCGCGCCUGGGUCGCUGGCAGCCGGUGCCCAGCAUGACGGCCCGCCGGAGCAGCUGUGGAGUGGCCUCCACUGACGGACAUCUCUACUGCAUCGGUGGCAAUGAUGGCACCAUGUGCAUGUCCAGCGGCGAGCGGUUCAAUCUGCGCCGGAACAGCUGGGAGCCCAUUGCCGCCAUGCACUCGCGCAGAUCCACCCACGAAGUGGUCGAGGUGGAGGGCGCCCUGUUCGCCCUGGGCGGCAACGACGGCAGCUCCUCGCUGAACUCGGUGGAGCGCUACGAUCCGCGGCUGAACAAGUGGAGCGUGGUCAACGCCAUGGUGGCCCGCCGCAGCUCCGUGGGCGCCGCCGUCCUCGAGUGCUUCCACCUGGAGCGCGGCCUGGUGCAGACGACGAACUUAUGACCCUUGGCCAGCAUCACCGAGUCCUUUGCCGCAGCCGCAGCGAGCGGCGCUAGCAACGGCAUUGGUUCGGGCGGAACAGUGCCUCCAUCCACGGGGGCGGGUGGCACUUUGACCGUUCCCAGUCGAGCGGAGGCCGCUGCCUUCACGGCCAACAUUGCGCUGAGCAGUUCGGCGCCAUCGGCCAGCUCCACGCUUCGGCGCCAUCGGCGGGAUACUCCGGGUCUGGCCGAAAACCGCCGGGCCAACAGCAAUGCCAGCAGCAGCGGCAGCGAGAGUGGAAGCGGGAGCAGCAGCAGCGGAGCCAACGGAUCCGGCGGGAAACCACCGGCGACGGCCUGAUCCUGGUCCUUGUCGCGCCGCUUUUGAAGCCACCUUACAAACUAACACUUACAUACAAAGCUAACCCCACGCGCCUAAUGCAGGAAUUUGAUUGUUCGAGUUCGUUAUGAAUAGAUAUAGGAAUAUUUAUAGGACUGGGAGGAGGCCCCGGGCGGUGGAUGAACAUCGACUUCGAUGGAUGCGAUCCCACAACACACACUCACACACACGUUUCUAGUCAAGAUCUCUCACACACCACAUGGGAAUGCCGCGGGCGGGGACACAUCUCCCGGAGAAGCAACCUAAUCUGCCUACAAUUUACAUACAUAAACCUCUAUACACUUAAACUAUAUACUGUAUACACUCUUAUGUACUAUUCUUAUGUAUUUUAUACACGCAAUUAAAACGAUAAGUAUGUGUUUCGUAA